GUCCAGGUGCAAUAUGUGGAGAAGCAGGUGGAGGUCCCCCACAUCCAGUACGGCGACAAGAUUGUGGAGGUCCCAGAAGUGCGCACCGUAGCUGCCUCCGAAUUUCAGGGACUUUCGCCUAGCUUCUCGUCUUCCACGCUGCCUCAGUUCAAUGGCUUUGCAUCCAGCUCUCGUGAGGUGAUCGGUUCCACCCCUCGAAGCUUGCUGAUCCAUCUCGGCCUUGAAAAGGAAGCGGGCAGCUCUGAAGGAAGCGAGAUGGACCAAAAGUCGGAGAGCAUCCAAGAGGAUGCCCAACAAUCCGACAUGGACAAAAGCAAACCUACUGAGCAUGAUGGGGCCAUCUACUGCAAGCAUUGCCAGAUGUGGUUGAAUGGCCCAGCACAGUGGGCAGAUCACGAGAUUGGAAAAACGCAUCGAAAAGCUGUGCGCAGACAGCAGGACAUGCAGCCAGACCGGGACAGCAUUUCACAGGUGGAGGGAUCUGCCCCGUCCGAGCAGCUGGACUUCGACCCAGUAGAACAGCGAUUUGGCGAGACGGAGCAUGACGCAGCGAUCUACUGCAAGUUCUGCCAGAUGUGGACGCUGGGUCAUACUGCCAAGCCGGACGACGGUGAAGCUCCCAUCGCAGCUUUGAGGGACUCGAGGCCCUUGGCCUUCGCUGUUUUUCCGAAGCACACGGACCAGUGGCUACCCACAGGCUGCCAAAGGAAGAACCACGGCGCAAGCGCUUUUCAGCUGAUCCCCGACGUCGCACUUACCAGUGAGCGUGAUGGCGAGCUGACAGGAAAACAGGCCUUAGCCCGUGAGGUGCUGGUGAAGCUGGAGGGCGGGGAGGAGAAGUCCUUCCUGCUGGAGGAGGAGAAGCUCCGCCGGCUGGCUGAGGGCCUCCCAGAGUUGCCCUUGCAGUUCAAGGAGAUGCCGGACUCCAGCAGCAGCGAUGCAGAGCAUUUCCUGAAGAUGAGGGCCCGGAACCUCGGUGGGUGGUCCACCUGGAGCCAGGAAGUGGUGACCAGCUCCAUUGCCCGACAGCAGGGAGCAGACAACGCGCAGAGAGCUCUUGAGCAGGCCAUGGAGCGGAGGGUGCCGGAGGACCUGAUGAAAGUUCUCAAGGAUGUUCGCGACAUUGAGUUUGACGACAAGACCUUG